AUGAACCAACUUCCCGCCGUGCCGCCACAGCUGCUCCGCCAUCUCACCGACCACAAGAACCUCCGCUGCGGCAGAUCGCUCCACGCCCUCCUCCUCAAGGCCGGCGCUCUCUCCGCCAGCGCCUCCCUCUCAAUCUCUCUCCUCAACUUUUACGCCAAAUGCGGCUCCUUCCCCGACGCCCGGCUCCUGUUCGGCGAGACCCCGGGCGAGGCCAGCGCCGUCGCCUGGAACAUCCUCAUCAACGCCCAUUCCCAAACGGGGAGGGCCCACGAUUCCUUCUACGCCCUGCAGUUAUUCCGACAGAUGCUCUGGCGCCGCACCCUCCCCAACUCACACACCUUCGCCGGUGUAUUCUCCGCCGCCGCCGUCCUGGAGGACGCCCGCGCAUCCCGUCAGGCGCAUUGCUUGGUGGUAAAGUUACCCGACUCAAGGGACGUAUUUGUGUAUAGCUCGAUGCUGAAUACCUACUGCAAGCUUGGGUUUAUGAGUGAAGGCCGGAAGGUGUUCGAUGAAAUGCCCUUGCGAAAUUCGAUCACCUGGUCCACCAUGAUCUCUGGUUACGCCUCACAGAGGCUGGCAGACGAGGCAUUUGAGAUUUUCAGGGGCUUGCUGUCCACUGAAAGGGAAGAGGCUAACGAGUUUGUAUUUACAGGCGUCUUGAAAGCUUUUACAUUGCCCGAGUUUGGUAAUCAGGGGAAACAAGUCCAUUGUUUGGCCAUAAAAAACGGGCUGACUGAAAUUGUGUCCGUCGGGAAUGCCAUUGUCACAAUGUAUACGAAAGCUGGGAACUUGAGUGACGCGGUUAAGGUUUUCGAGCUUUUGUCCGACAAAAAUUCAAUUACUUGGUCAGCUUUGAUUACAGGGCAUGCCCAGAGUGGGGAAGGUGAUAUAGCAAUCAUAUUAUUCCACAAAAUGCAUUUUCUCGAUUUGAAGCCAAGCGAGUACACUCUUGUAGGCGUGCUCAACGCUUGUAGCGACACUGAAGAAAUAAACGCCGGGAAACAAGUGCACGCGUAUUUAAUAAAAUUGGGUUUCAAUUUUCAGAUGUAUAUAACAACGGCCCUAAUCGAUAUGUAUGCCAAGUGUGGAUUCAUAGUCGAGGCCCGUAAAGGGUUCGAUUCUCUUUACAAUCCAGAUCUCGUCUUGUGGACGUCCAUGAUCGGGGGCUACGUGCAGAACAGUGAGAACGAGAGCGCCUUUAAUCUGUACUGCAUGAUGCAAAAACAGAGAAUUUUCCCAAACGAGCUGACAAUGGCGAGCGUGCUUAAAGCCUGUUCAGGCCUUUCAUCACUCGAGCAAGGGAAACAGGUGCACGCACACGUGGUGAAAAACGGGUUCACACUUGAAGUCCCGAUCGGGAGUUCUCUCUCGACUAUGUAUGCGAAAUGCGGGUCCCUUGAGGACGGGCUUCACGUCUUUCGAAGGAUGCCAGCACGAGACGUGGUCUCGUGGAAUGCAAUGAUAUCUGGGCUCUCUCAAAACGGGCUCGGGCUUGAAGCUAUAAAGCUUUUCGAGGAAAUGCAAGAAGAAGGUGCGAAGCCGGAUGAUGUCACGUUGGUUAACAUUCUCUUUGCAUGUAGCCACAUGGGGUUGGUCGACAAGGGUCGGGAGUAUUUCGAGUCCAUGAACGAAAAAUUCGGUGUGGUGCCGAAAGUCGAGCACUAUGCGUGCAUGGUCGAUACAUUGGGCCGGGCAGGGAAGCUCCAAGAAGCCCGGGAAUUUAUUGAGUCUGCAGAAAUUGACCAUGGACUCUAUUUAUGGCGCAUUUUGUUGAGCGCUUGCAGAAACCAUAGGCAUUAUGAGUUGGGUGCUUAUGCGGGGGAGAAGUUGAUUGAGUUGGGAUCUCAAGAAUCGUCGGCUUACGUGCUUUUGUCGAGCAUUUACUCUGCUUUGGGGAGAUUGGAUGAUGUGGUGAGGGUGAGGAAGAUAAUGAGUGUGAGGGGGAUUAGUAAAGAGCCCGGGUGUAGCUGGAUCGAGUUGAAGAAUCAGGUUCACGCGUUUGUAGUUGGGGAUAUGUUGCAUCCGGAGAUGGAGGAUAUACGGGCUCAGCUUUGGAGUCUCAGUGAAGUCAUGAUGAUGAACGCGGCCGAGCUUUUGCAACUUGAUUGUUCGUUGGUUUUGGAAGAAUGA